AUGUGGACAACUUGCCACGACCCCGAUAUAGAGAUGAGGCAAGACUUUGAGGAAGACGCGCCUAAGCCUCGCUACCGUGGCCACAGAGGAAGACCAGAGAUCGCGGACCCCCCCCACCCUCUGUCCCGUGGAGCCCGCCAUGACCAAGAUACCAUUCCGGACAUCUAUCGGCUCGACCCCAGCGUAGUGACCGCGCUCUCAGCAGGCCCACGCAUCUACAACCUCUGGCGCCUAUCUGGCAACAUGUACACCCGCCAUACUACAGGCUACCGCGAAGAUGAAUUCUACACGCUCUUUCACGCUUAUUCUCAUGGCCUCUCCCUUGGCGCCUGCGCGGUCCCUUUCCGCAAUGCAGUCAUCGAAGCUGUGAUCGAGCUACUCGACGACUAUGACGGGCCAUGGCAUGAGAAGGGUUGGCGCGCCCUUUGGGACGCAACGGUGCAUCAUCCAAAGUGCCCAUUGCGCAGGCUUGUUACACUUAAAUUUGUCUUGAGCGAGCAUGAGAGUAUGUGGACAUGGUUGGGUCCGAAGGCUAUUGGCGAUGAGGAAAUGUUGGCGUUGGCGAAGGACACACAGAGGCAGCUGCCGGUGGGGAGGAAGGGGCGGGAGACAUGGCAGGAGGUUGUUGAUGAGAGCACUCGGUUUCAUGAGCCAUGUCCUGGGCAGGGCGGGAAUAGGGAGAUGGCGAUGCUGUGA